CCCACUUUUGCGAACAAGAGGUAGAAAGUUGCUACGAACCGCAACGUUACGCCUAUUCAACUUCCUGGUUUUGCCAUUGAUUGGACGGUUGCGCAGUGCCGAUACAGUAGUAUUGGAUACUGAAUCCCCUUUGUUGACCUAGUCGGUAUCCUAAUAAACCACGUCGAUACAAGCAAGAUGAAGUUUACGGGCGUCGCUCUCGCCGUCAGCUUGGCUCAACAACAGGCACUUUCGAAUACCGGUGGUGGAAUAGUAGGGGCGUAUACUGUCAGUAGUCCUUCCUUCUUCACACCCAAGUCCUUUGGCUCUUCCUUCGUACGCGGACCUUCCCACAAAGUGUUUCAUCCUCGACGACAGGCAUACCAAAAGUCGUACGCCACUUCCACACGUGCAACCCUCACCAUGUUUACGGAAACGUCCGGUGGUAUGGAAGAACUCAACGAACUUACGGAGAAGGCCGACUCCUCGCCCCUUUCCAAGCAAGUUCGCAAAUCGCCGAGUUUCUGGAAACUCGCCGGGUACGCCUCCAUCCCCCUUUCGGCCGCCCUGGGUUUUGGUCUCGUCCCCUCCCGUCGUUUGGCGGCACAUACCGUCGGUGCCCUUUUUACGGGAAUUGCCGGAGCGGUCGGGAAAUCGCGUCUCGACGCCCUCACGGAAUCCAACGCCAAGCCCGCCAUUGCCCAGGCAAUCGUCGAAGCCGGUCUGGACGACCCGGACAAGGCAGCCGCCGCCGUUGAAAACGUCAAGACGCAAUUCGGUCUGCUCGACGAAGACUUCGCCAUUUUGACGACGGAGAUAUACACCGCCUAUCUACUCGGUAUGGUCAAGUACAACCCGACGGCCAAAACCAGUGAACUCAAGGAACUGGAAACGGUCAAGAACGUCCUGCAACUCGAUAACUUGCAAGUAGGCGAAGCCCACGCUGCCGCCGCGGCGGAAUGGUACCGCACGACCUGCUUGUUUACGCCCACCGAGGAUUUGGAGGAUCCCUCGCAUCCCGAUCGACAGGCCAUGGACAAGUUCCUGUUUUUGACCGAACGCGCCCUGAAACAAGGAGGCGAAACGGACGAAGCCUUUUCGUUCGAAAUGAAGCGUGUCGCCAAGGCCUUUGAUCUUUCCUACACGGAAGUUCUGGAACGUGUUGCUGAAACGGUCGAACCUUUCUACCAACGGGCGCUCAAAUCCACGCGAUCUAAGCUCGGAACCAAUCAAGUGAGCUCAGCCAUGCUGGAACGCGCCCGUAAAACACUCGGGGUUUCCGACGCUACCGCCAAGGACCUGCACGUGGCCUGUUUUAACGCACAAGUGCGUGCCGAGCUCGGAUUGCCCGAUGCCACGGCGAAAGAUGACGACGCCGCCGCCGGACAAGAAGACGAAGACGAGACCGUCGGUGGAAGUGUAAUGGAUUUGGCAGCGCUCAAGUUUACGGGAGAAGACGCCAUGGAAAAGUUGGACCAACUUCGUGAAAUCUUGGGACUCUCCGAAACGGAUGCCGAAUACGAAAUAUCUCUAGAAGCGACGCCGUUAUACCAGUCCACAGCGUUGGCUGCUCUCAAGGAUGUAUUGGCCACGGUCAAGACGCCGGAAGAUGCGUGGUCUAUCAUGGAGAGCCGCCGUGACGAACUGCUGCUCAAAAAAGAGUCGACCAAGAGUUUGUUGUCUUCCAUGGUCAUGCAGGCGCUUGGUGGCCCGCUGGAAGAAACGAAUAAGUUUGCCAAGGUGAACAAUGAAGCUGCUACUUACGAUCACAUGUUACGGACUCUGGAAGCCAAAGAAGUACUUAUUUCAAUUCUAGCCAAAUCGGGUUGGGACGAGUUUGAUAAUUUCGACGAGACAUUUUGCAAUCCAUGGGACAAACAGUCGGCCAAUGGAUUUUUGAGCUCCGACGAAAGAAUUAAGUUAUACAAAAUGUUCUUAAGUCGCUCCAUUCGCAAAAGUGAUGGCGGCAAGAUAUCGGACGAAAUGUACGCUCGUAUUAUGGACGUCAAAGGACUUUUGGGCAUUACCGACCAGCAAGCCGAAAUUGAAUCGCGCGCCGCCUUUGGACCGGAACUUCAAAAGGUCCUGAAUACGGCAAUGUUGGAAAUUGUGGAAGACUACACGCCCGAAUUGGCGGAAAAUAUGAAAAGGCGGGCCAACGAGGUGGUAGAGAGCUACCGACUGACGCAGGAUUUCUUGCGGGAAGUUGGAGCGACCUUUUACGCCAAGGCAGUAGCGUUGGUGAGCGAGAAGGCUCCAGGUGGUAUUCCGAGUAAAGAGCUCUCUCAAGCCUUGGAAGCCUUGCGGGAACUUUACAAUCUUGAAAUGACAGACUGCUAUUCAUACCAUAUGGAACACUUUGGAAGCAUAUACAAAAAGUCCGUCCUGGAAGCCAUGGGAUCGACUGGUGUGAUUCGUCCGGAAUUUCGAGAGUCUCUUGAAAAGCUCAAAGGGCGACUAGGUGUGUCGGAAGAAGCGUGUCAAGCGCUUUUCUUGGAAGCCAUCCAAGAUAAGAUGGUACCAAUGGUUAAGUGGAUUGGGUCGGAGAUGGAGCGCACCAUGUUGACGCAAAAACAAUUGGCGCAACGUCGCGGAAAGGAUAUGGGAGAAGACGUGUUUCAGAGUGGCAAGGGCGCAGAUGGUGUUCUCGGCCUCGGUUCCGAGGUAAAUAUCAUGAGUGACAUUAUGGAACUUGUUGAUUUUUAUAAUGAGAAUGACGUCGCUAAGGAAGAAGAGCGAACGCGUACGGUCGAAAAGCAAGUCGAGGAAGGCGGUGAAACUAAACUAGUCGCUGUUGAGGAGACGUACACUGAAACAGUCUACCCCGUGACCGCGCUCGCUGCCGGGAAUAUGGAUCAGGAAAUGGCUGAGCUACUGUACCGCCAAUUUACCGUAGGAGGUUUUACAACGCAAGGUGAGCAAGGAGCUCGCUACGAAGCCUCUCGUGAAACGUUCGGAGGCAUUUUGGGUCUGACCAAAGAAAAAAUGGACGAUAUCAAGGACAACAUUGGCAGCACUGUGUACGACAACUUUAUUUCGAACGCCAUGAAAACCAAGGGCUCCAUGGACCAACAGGACAUGAUGUUCUUGGCAAACAUUCAGACAAAACUCGGCUUGUCUCCGGAACAAGGUGAGAAGAUGAUGACUCAGUCUCAAAAGAAGAUUCUGUCAGAGGAAAUCGAUGCUAUUAUGGACGAUCCUUCACCGCAGCGAGUAAAGGCUUUCCGAGAGAAAUGCAAUAGCAUGGGUAUGGACUUAAUUGCUGACGUGGGAAUUUCCAAGCCUCGUCUCGUUCGAAUGUUUGAGGUCGAAGUGAUCCCUGGCCUCAAAACUGGAGAAAUAAAUGCCGAACAGACUGAGAUCUUUCAGGAAAUUCAAGAGAGCCUUGGAAUUGAACUUGAAGAAUGCGAAGCGAUGUUCGAAAACGUGCUAGCCCAGCUUUCCAAGAACGCCUUUGAACUUAUCAAGGGGGAACUUUUGCGCGGGCGGGAAGAGAAUUGCGUAGACCUGAUCAAAGAAUUGGUUCGGUACGCUGAUUUUACCGAAGGCGACUUGGGCCUCGAAGUUGAAGAAGCUGUGGGCAACCAAGUGUUGAAUAUAUACGAGUCGGUGGACUUGGGAGGGCAAUCCGCAGAUGAAAUCGAACACAACAAAGAACUGUUGAGGGCGGCAAUGAAGCUCUCAUAGACGUAUUCUAAGAAUAAGAAACCAUAAUUAACGAUUUAUUUCCAGAAGUC